AUGAGUCGUCCUUCAGCUUCAACUUCAAGCAGCAGUAGAAGUUCAAGAUCCAGAUACGGAAAAGAAGUCAAGGAAUUGCAAGAUGCCUUGAAUUAGAAUAAAAUAGAGUCUAAAAGAGAUGCCAUCAGAAAAAUUAUUGAUGCUAUGACAAGAGGCAAAGAUGUUAGUAUGUUAUUUCCAGAUGUGGCAAAGAAUAUGGAGACUUCUAAUUUAGAAUUAAAAAAGCUGGUGUACUUGUACAUCAUCAAUUAUGCAAAAAUUAUGCCUGAUCUUGCUGUUAUGGCUGUCAACAGUUUCCGUAAGGAUGCAAGAGAUAAGACAAAUCCAUUUCUGAGAGCACUAGCUAUCAGAACAAUGGGAUGUAUCAGAGUAAAGUUAAUCACCGAAUAUUUAUUGGAUCCAUUAAAAGAAUCCAUCAAAGAUGAAGAUUCAUACGUAAGAAAGACUGCAGCUAUUUGUAUUUCUAAAUUAUAUGAUGUGUCACCUGAACUUAUUGAAGAAUAGGGUUUAUUGAAGCUUCUUGACAAUUUGUUGAAUGAUGGAAACGCAAUGGUUGUUGCAAAUGCAGUUUGUGCAUUAUUGAUUGUCCAAGAAUCAAAAGGGACAACAAUGUUAUAAUUGAAUUCUUACACAAGUUAAAAAAUAUUGACAGCUAUGAAUGAGUGCAAUGAAUGGGGUGUUAUAUAUUGUUUAGAUGCUUUGGCUAUGUACGUUCCUGAAGAUGGAAAAGAAGCAGAAGCAAUCUUAGAGAGAGUCAGUCCUAGAUUGAAUCACAACAAUCCAGGAGUAGUGUUAUCAGCGUGUAAAAUAAUGAUGAAAUUCUUGGAUUAUCUUUAAAAUCCAGAAACCCUUAGACAAAAUGCAUUGAAAAUGACUGCCCCAUUGAUUUCACUUUUAAGUUUGGGCAAAGAGCCAGAAAUUUAAUAUGUUGCAUUAAAAAAUAUUAAUUUGAUCAUUCAAAAGAGACCAAUAAUCAUUGAAAAAGAUAUCAAAGUAUUCUUUUGUAAUUUUAAUGAUCCAAUCUAUAUCAAAUUGUAAAAAUUAGAAGUGUUGGCAAAAUUAGCCAAUAAUGAUAACAUUCAAUAAAUUUUACAUGAAUUAAAAGAAUACACUCAAGAAGUAGAUGUAGAGUUUGUGAGAAAAGCAGUCAGAACAAUUGGAAGAUGUGCUAUCAAAUUUAGAAAAAGCAGCUGA